GAAGUGCUUGGGCGAAAAUCAAAGAGAGUUUCGAUGGAGAAGAGGGAGAAGGAAUCAGAAUCAAAGGUACUAUGCAAGCGGUGCAAGCAAACAUAUAACCCAGCUUCUAAUACUUCAAGAUCUUGCCGUUUUCAUACUUCCUUCUUCGUAUGUCGCCGUCACGAUGACCAAAAGAGGUACUAUGAAUUGGGUCCAAACGAUCCUCCGUAUGCUGCCAAGUUCUACGACUGCUGUGGGGCUGAGGACCCUGAGGCGUCUGGCUGCACCACCAAUUUUCAUGUCUCUUAUGAUGAAGACUAAUGUAAUAUCUCACCCCCAUAACUUGGUAUUGGACCCUCUACUACCAUACUAGUCUCGUUUUCACCGCUGUGUAUGAUUUCCUUGUUCUUUCACUAUACUUUGUUAUGCACAAACUGAAAAUUUGAUGAUCAUGGUUGUCUAUAUAUAGAGAGAGAGAGAUAGAGAUCUAUAUGUGCAGUUUUGUUGAAAUUAUAGAGAGAUUUAGGUAUAGAAGGAGGAAGGAUGGAGCUAAUAACAGAGAGAAUCAUUGUAUAUUGAUCUGAUACAAAAUACAAAAGACUCCUCCUCAUUUACACUAAUCUUUAUUUACACAAAAUAGGGUACCCUAAAAUAUGGACAUGGUUCUUUUGUUAUUAUUCUCCAAAGGGGAUAGGCACCCUGCUGCCUAUAUUUUCAGGAAUAUGAUUUGUGUCAUGCCAUGAUUUUUGUGACCAUUUUUUUGGCUUGUUUGAUUGUCAGUUAUAAAUGGAAAGUCAUUUGCCCAAAACAGAGACAAUGAGCAUUGACCACGGGAUAUAUUUUUAGUGCUAUUGCAAUGCAUACUACAUGUCAUGU